AUGGUCACGCUCCCGCUGGAGCGCAUGGCGUCGCGCGUGGCGGCGAGCCUGGCGUGCGCUACAGGGCUGGGGCGGGAGAUGGUGGUGUCGUCGCAGGCCGAGUACGAGGCGCGCGCGGUGGAGCUGGGGCUGGACGCGGCCAAGCGCGGCGCGCUGCGCGCGCGGCUCGAGGCGGCGCGGCUGACGUGCCCGCUGUUCGACACGCGGCGGUGGGUGCGGGACCUGGAGCGCGUGCUGCUGCGGAUGUGGGAGAUACACACGGAGGGCAAGGGGCCGCGCACGUUUGAGAUCACAGACUGA